UAAAAAUGGAGAAAAUAGCUGAGCCUCAAGAGGAAGAUGAUUGAAUGACUAUCCUGGAACUCUCAAGCAAGAUUUCAGCUAUAUCAGUUGAACUGAACAUGUUCAUGAACAAAUUAGCAAAAAUAAACCCUAAACCCAGAAUGAUCGGAGAAAUCGAAUAUUGGAAGACAAUUGCUCAAGAAAUCGAGCCAAUGAAGCUCAAGCUAAACACAGAUCCUGACAAGAAGCUCAUUAGCAUCGCUGAGGAGCUUUCUAACAAGAUCCAGAGAGCCGCUGAGAUCAUGAAGGAGAACCUCUCACCUGAAAUGAACCGAGUUGAGAUUACCAAAGAUGACCAAAGACUUGUGACUACAUUUACUCAAUUCACAAAGCAGCGAAAUCGACUAAUGAAAGGGUACAAGGAAGCGAAAUGGAAUGACAAGUACAUGAAAUUGAUCUCAAAACCUAUAUACACCAUUGAGGAGAAUGAGGACCUCUCCACAAUCCAGUGCUCCAUCAGCCCAUUGAUGAACUCGUUAAAGUCCAUCUACGAAAUCUCGAAUUUCUACAAAGAAGCCCGGAUAAUCUCCUUCCUAGACCACUUGUUCAAGGAACUUAUGGAGAAAAUAAGGGCUAAGCUGCCUCUAGAUGCCGUUACUCUCAAAAUGCUGAAGUACUCUGACAUAGAAGAGGAUAUAGAGGAAUCUCUAACCAUUCUGGAGAAGUACAAAUAAGGGCUUUUUCUUAGACACAAUGAUGGAAAAUAACCAAAGUUCAGUAGACACUUUCGACUUCCUCAACUUUAUCCGGCCUGAUACUCGUUAUGGCAAAAAGUGGUACGAUCAGCCCACACAAGAGUCAUCCUUUGGAGGAACCUCCAAGAGAGGCAAACUAGAGCCUAUCCUCGAAGUCUCGCCUAGCGCUAGCAAGAUGAUAAAUCCUCGAGAGAAGAUGAGGCAGGACCUUAAGGCCAACUCAGGAGGACUCAAGACAGAAAUGCCCAAGAGCUCUUCUAAGUGUCACUUCUGGUUUGACCGAGCCAAGACCAUCCUUGAUGAGGUUGAUCAAAGUAUCGAUACCAUCCAGAAAAUCAAAGAGGUUCUCAUCGCUCAAGAUUAUUAGUUUAAAGAGACUUUACCAUACAGGGAACAAGUAAGGCGAGCGAUUCUAGUGCAUG